GCCUACUCUCUGCGGUGAGAGCACGCGCUCGUUCGUUCGUUCGUUGAGCCUUCUUUUGAUCGUGUUUACCGCGUUCGUCGUCGUCGCGAUCGUGAUUUUUUCUUUUGUUCAUUUCGAUGCAAAAAGUGCAACCGGGCACACAAGUCGCGCGCGGGGGCUUGUCAAGGCUUGUUCGUUUUUUCGAACGUGGUGUGAAUUAUUAAUUAACACCGCACGGUGAGGGAAGAAAGUGCAUAUUUGUUUUGAUUUAUUUUUAAGACGCGGAUUCGUUUUAUUUUUCGUGAGUUGUUCAUCUUCCUGACGUUGCUUUGAUCGUGCUUCGGUGAUCUCUUCAACCGGGUUGUCUAGCAACGAUCGAUGCGUUGUCCAGAUGUGAACUAAUUUUAAAGUAGCAGAGUCUUGAGACGCUCACCGGGAGACCUCUUCGGCGUCGCCGUCUGCAUCGCGCCUACUUCGACUGAUCAUCGGCUAAGCCGGUUUUGGUUGAAUAAUAUUAUUACACCGGAUGGGAAGGCAGCAUAAGCUCGCGAGCGCUGACGAGCUCGGCUCACGAGAGGGGUUCGAUGUGAGAGAGCGAUAAGAUAAUCUGUGUGUGAUAAGAGUCGCUCGGCAAAAAAAGUUGACCGGAAAACCGUUUUUUACAGUAUUUUAUCGCAAAAAUCGAAGAAAAAAGGUGGCAAGCCAACUUGCCUGAAUGUUUACAUAAAAAAUCAAUUCGUAACGAAUCCGCAGCUUUCUGUGUUGAAGUUAAGUGUUGUGUUUAAACAAGCAAAAAGAAAAAAAAAACGAGCCAAGUGUUUCAAGCUCUCAGUAUCAAUAAAACGCGAAGAGAGCAAAACAAAGUCGUCGAGGGCCUGUUAUCUUGAAACAGCGUGAAUAGUGUGUAGUGUUUGAGAAUGAAACGGUGAAGAAACGCGAAGUGAGGAAGAAAGAACGAAUCGCUCGUGAGUGAUUCGAGAGAAAAAAAUCAAAUCGAAUCGAUGAGGAUUCUGGAGAGCGGUCGUGCCAAUUUCGUGGCUUACGAAACGUGACAAAAUUUUAAACAAACAAAAGAUUUUGACCAACGGAACGAGUUUGGUUGAGUCGAAUUGGCGGAGUUGGUUUUGUUUAUGUUUACGUCUGGUGAUUGCGGAGAGGAUAUUCGGCGUUGCGAGUUGGAAACAGCAUCCAGCAGUGGGGACUUUGUAACUCAAACAAAACUCUGAUUGCGCUGCAGAACAAAAGUCGCACGACUUUUCGAUAUCAGUUACUUCCCAACAGCGGAAACAACCCCCUUCAAAGUCCUGCCCUAUCAACUCUGCGACUCCCAGCAUCAUCACAUUGCAGUUUGAGCUGUUAUGUAAAGUGGCAGUAAUAGGUCUUCGCAUUAAAUCGUUAUUAAAUCAUCGAAUCCAAUCGGUCAGCCAGAGAGUGGAGCAAAAUCGUGAUUCGUGGCCAAACCGAGUUCAAACCCGAGAGGUUCAGUUUAGCAAAAAUUGUUGCGUGAUAAAUAGCUGGUCGCUUGUGAAACUUUGCCUUCAGAAACCGAGGCAAGGCCCUUUUGAAGGCAAGAAGUAGUCGUCGGGUGUGGAAAGAUGAAAUUAGUCGUGUGAGUUAUGGUUGCAAAUUAUAAAUAAUAAAUAAAUUGAGGUGUAAUAAAGCAAUAAUAGUAAAUCUUGCCCGGCCAGCAGAGUCGGCCCGAGUGGCCUUUGAAGAGAGAGAGCGGGAGGAGUGCAGAAAAAUAGAAGGAAUUAGUGGCUGAAGGCUGGUGUGUUAUUGUUUCAUGGAACCACGAGCCACGUGAAGAGUUGCUGAAAACGGUGCAGAUUGGCUGGUUGGUUCGCGUUAAGUGGCAACUUUCUUACAGAGUUGAGACCAUGGAGUGAGGAAAAAACGAAGAAUUUUGUUUAGUUCUGAAAGACAGAAAGCUUCGAGCUUUGUCAAGAUGGGAGCAGAAAAUAAAAGGAUGCCACUACACAGGCAGCAACACAGGAUAAGUCGGUCCCCGAUUUCGUCGAAGGCGAUAAUGGCCUCCAUAAUCCUUGGAAUGAUUCUUGGAGUGGCCACUGCCAGUGCUGACGUGGCCGAAAACGACUUCAGAUACAUUUCUUAUCACGAUUUGCUGCCAACGUCGGAUCGGUUCACCGAUGUCAACGUUACGUCAUUCUCGCGGCUGCUGUUCGACGUCGCACGGGACCAGGUCAUCGUCGGUGCAAGGGACAACCUGUACCGCCUGUCGCUGCACCUGGACGUGCGGGAACGGUCCACGUGGGAGGUUACUCCGGCGAUGCGCACCAUGUGCCAGGACAAGGGCCAGUCGGAGGAGUCGUGCCGCAACUACAUCAUGGUGCUGGAGGCGCACGGCAAUCGGGUGUACGCGUGCGGAACGUACGCCUUCAGUCCGGCCUGCUCGUGGCGCCAGAUGGAGAACCUGACGGUGACCCGGUACGACAAGGGCGUCGCCAAGUGCCCGUUCAGCCCGGCGGCCAACAAUACGGCGCUGAUGUCCGACAGCGGCCGGUUGUUUGUGGGCACGACGACGGACUUUUCCGGCUCGGAUCCGGCCAUCAUUCGGGCGGAUGUGAGUCAGGAGAGUGCCCGGAUGCUGAGGACGAACCAGUACAACUCCAAGUGGCUGAAUGAUCCGCAGUUUGUGGGGAGCUUUGAGAAGGGAGAGUUUGUGUACUUUUUGUUUCGGGAGGCGGCCGUGGAGUACAUCAACUGCGGGAAAAUUGUGUACUCGAGGAUUGCGAGGAUCUGUAAGAACGAUCCGGGCGGGACGCAGAUCUUGAAGGACAACUGGACGUCGUUCGUGAAGGCGCGGUUGAACUGUUCGCUGCCGGGGGAUUAUCCGUUUUACUUCAACGAGAUCCAGGGGAUGGUGUACUCGCAGGAGGAGGGAGUGCUGUAUGCGACCUUUACGACGCCGGAAAACAGCAUCCACGGCUCGGCGAUCUGCGCGUACAACAUGUCCGCCAUCCACGCGGCCUUCUCCGGGGCGUUCAAGUACCAGGACUCGCUCGGGUCUGCUUGGCACCGUCAGGACGCCCAACACCGCGACCAUUACGAGUGCAACGCCGGUCCAACGGCUCGCCACGUUUCGCUGCUGGACUCGUCCAAGUACCAGCUGAUGGACCAGGCGGUGCAGCCGAUCACCGGUCAACCGCUGCAUCACACCCAGCUGGAACGGUUCGGGCAUGUGGCGAUCGAUGUGAUUCCGACGAAGCUGCACGAGCGGGUUCACGUGAUUUACGUGGCUACGGACGCGGGGUUGAUUAAGAAGAUUUCGGUGCUGCCGCGGACGAAGAGCACGUGCGUGGUGGAGAUUUGGCGACCGGAAUUAUCGAGGGAGUCGAGGAUUCGGACGAUUCAGUAUGUUAAGGAGACGGAUUCGCUGUAUGUGGGGACGGACACGGCGUUGAGUCGGAUAUCUUCGCAGCACUGCAAUCGGCACUUGUCCAGGGUGAGCUGUUUGAACUCGAUGGAUCCUUAUUGUGGGUGGAAUGAGCUGCAGGAGGCUUGUACGAUCGCGCCGAACGGGGACACGCUGGCAAAGUACUGGAUCCAGAACGCUACCGAGUGUCCGGUGUUGACGGCUCCUGUGGACGGGGGUUGGUCAGCUUGGUCGGAGUGGGGACGCUGCGCUCAGGCUAGUGGAGGGCAAGCGCUGGGAGCGGGGGAUGAUUUUGGUGCCAACAUGGACUCGUGCCAGUGCAGGACACGAACCUGCGACAAUCCGUCGCCGAAGAAUGGUGGUAGGUCGUGCACUGGGAUGAACAUCGCCGUUACGAACUGUACCGUGCACGGAGGUUGGACCGACUGGAGCGCUUGGUCGGCUUGCUCGCAGACUUGCGGAAUGGCCGUCAAGACUAGGAGGAGAACUUGUGGGAAUCCAAAACCGGCUCAUGGAGGUCGGGUUUGUGUGGGACCGGAUCGUGCCGAGAUCUACUGCUCGCAUCUUCCACCCUGUCCAGCCCCGAAGCAACCCCCGAUCGACGGAGCUUGGGGCCCGUGGGGUGUCUGGGGAGAGUGCAGCGCUCUCUGUGGAGGAGGCUACCGAAUCCGGCGCCGCAAAUGUGACGAUCCCGUCCCACAAAAUGGCGGCAUGGAGUGCCCCGGAUGUCACCUGGACUACGAAGUUUGCAACACUCACGCCUGUCCGGACGUGAAGCGGGCCGGCGCUUGGACGCCCUGGCUCACAGUCUCCAACGGAACGCUCCCCAACGGAGGCUACAUCGAGAAGCGGUUCCGGUUUACGUGCAAAGCCCCCAUCGCGGACUCUGCCCUGCUGAAAAUAAGCCCCAAGGAGGAAACCCGCGUCUGCCUGCCGGACGGAUCGUGUCAGCGAUCCAGCGAUUCGGCCCACUCGGGAAGUGGCGCGGGAACCGAAAGCGAGGACGGCUGGAGCGAGUGGGGCUCGUGGAGCAGCUGCAGCGCCUCGUGCGGCGGCGGCCAACAGUACCGGGUGCGAACCUGCGACAAGAGCGACUGCGAGGGAGCCAACAAAAUGGCGCGCGCCUGCAAUACACAGCCCUGCAAAGGUGAAUGGGGCUGCUGGAGCGAUUGGUCGCCGUGCUCGGUGACUUGCGGACUCGGAACGCGAACCCGCUCGCGCCAGUGCCUUUCGAUGUCGGGCAACGUGAUCUUCGGGAACGAUUGCGAGGGCCAGAGCACGCAGUACGAUACGUGCGAGAUGCCGAGUUGUGAUUCAUUCCUAGGUUGGGGCGAGUGGACCGAGUGGUCGCCGUGCAACACCGAUGGCGAGAAGGUGCGGACGCGCCAGUGCCUGAUCCCGACGCCGGACCAGAAGAUGUGCCAGGGCAGCGAUCGCGAGCUUCGCAAGUGCCAAGUGGAAAUGAGUAAUGAAAUUCCUCACGCCCUGACGGCCGGUGCCUCGUCGGUCACGACCAUCGUCAUCAGCGUCUUGCUCGUUGUUAUUGGCUGCUGCACGGCCAGCGUCUUCGCGACCAUGCACAUGAUGAAGAAGAAAGCCAAGGGAAUCAAGGCGAUCCAGGGUUCACCGUGUUACGGAUCUUACCCCAACCAGUACUCGUCGCUGCCCACCAAGGAUUACACCGACAGCCAAAAGCCCAAACGACAGUCCUCCUUCAACGGGCGCAAUGACGCCGGCGGCUCGAAGCUGCUCGCGAACGGCCACACCACGCUGACCAAGUCGAACAACGUGAACGGUGCCGUCGGCAACAACACGCCCAAGGUGCUGGCCAAGUCGUUCAACGACACCGACACCGCCACCAUCAAGCGGAACUCGCACGGACUCAACAACAUCCGGCACGCGCGCCAGCUCGAGAUGGAGGAGGAAAAGUACUGACCCGAGGCCGGGGCCGGUUCCGGCGGCGAACCAGCUUGCAUGCAAUCUUGCGUAGUAGAAUCAGUGUAAAAUUUCUUGUUGAUUUUGUGGAAUGUUCUCGUUGUUUUUAAAACUCGUUUUGCAUGUUUAAACAUUUUUUUUUUCGAAUUUAAAGUCAAAUUCAGUGUUCAAAAAUUGUGAUCUCAACUGCCACAGAGAAAAAUAAGGAAGAAACUCGUGAAAUUUCGAGCGUUAUGAAAUUUCCUCACGAAGCAACGAACUUGCGUGCAAGUCGCAAUUGAAUUUGAGUGUGCAUUGGAAACGAACUUCGCGAACACACCUUUACUGUACAUAACCUCAAAAAGGACAAUUUGAACGAAGAAAAAACAAGAUAGAACAAUUUCGAGAUGAUUCAAUUAGAGCAAGGCUGAUUUUAGUGUUUAAAAGUGAAUUUUAACAAUAAAUGCUUCUAAUUGCGCGCGAACUUAACCGAGGGGCUACAAAUGUUUAACCAAAUCAGUUGCUUUCCAGCAAAACAUUUUACACACAACAAACAAGCAUUACUUACUCAUUUCAUUAAUCAUGUUCACAACUUUAAAAAAUAAAGAAGCAAAGAUUGAGUGGUGUAGCUAACAAAGCUCGUGCGAAUAAAAAAGAAGAAGCUAAUCAUUAAUUCAAGAAUAGUGCGUUAAAUCCAAAUCUGUGCCAUUAGGGUUAGAGGAGCGAGCGAGAUCGGAAUUAAAGAAGCAAUUUUUAGAGACAGUUUACAAAAAAAAAACAAGCAAUUGGAAUAAAUUUUAUAGAAUUUUAAGCGAAGUGAGCAAAGUUAAAAAAAACAUUGUGGGAUUUCAAACCUCUCUGCGGUGAGCACGUAGCUCAAAUUGAGCGCAAAUUUUAACAAUCGGUUUAGUAUUUUAGGGGGACAGAGAAGCAAGGAAGUUUCCGCGAUUUUUAAGUGAUAAGACAAAACAAAACAAAAAUAGCAAGACUUGAAAGAAAAGACA